UGUUCAACUAGCUGAGUGUUGUGUCGUGUCGGCUUCCCCUUACCAAUGGUUUCAGUUUGUGUUACUAUCCAUCCCACAAUAGAGUAAAAAGAAAAAUCAUCUAACUAGUAAUCAAGUUGUUUCAAGAAAUGGAAAAUGAAGAGAAAUUUUACAAUGAGAGGCGAAGCUUGAUAGGAGGCAGUAAUAAAACUUUGAAGAAAUCUUGUUUUGCCCUAAUAAACAACCUUGAUGAUGGCUGCCUUAUGCAUAUUUUUAGUUUCUUAUCGCCUAUUCCAGAUCGAUAUAACACCGCCCUCGUUUGCCACAGAUGGCAUUACUUGGCGUGUCAUCCUCGCAUGUGGCUGCGAGUAGAUCGGUUCAUUAAAGAUUUAUCAGAGCCCGGAGUUUUCCCAGAUCUACAAAAAGCUGUAACUGCAGCAAGACCUGGCGACACCAUUUUAAUUUCAUCAGGCGGCAGUCAUCUUGCCUGUAAUAUUCAGAUAAGAAAACCACUGUGCCUGAUUGGAGGAGGUGAGCUUCCGGAUGAAACAACCCUCAUAUGCUCUCGAGGUUCAGACAGUGCCUUGGAGCUUCUAUCGACCUGUAAGCUAGCAAACUUAACUGUGAAGGCAGAGCUUGGUUGCUGCUUGCUCCAUAGGGGUGGAAGGCUUACCAUUGACGGUUGUAUACUUCAAUGUGAGUCGAAUCCUUUGGAUUAUCUCUCGUGCCCAAUUGUCAGUACAGCUAAAAGCUGUGUAACACAGUCUCUGAUGAAAAGUAAAGGUGAUAGUGUUUCUGUUCUGCAAACUCGAAUUGAAGGAGGUGCAAAGGCAGUUUUGACUAGUGGAGAUCUAGUUCUGCAGCGAGUUCGAGUUAUUUAUGCUAGAACUUAUCUGUAUUUCUGGUUUGAUGUAGACCAUAAGUGAUUACUGUAUUGUAUUUUCUUUGCAUUGCAUGUAAAUUAUCCAUUGUUCAAAAGUUACUUUUGAUUUCA